CCUGAACAAAACCAACAAUGUUUUGAUUCACAUGCUAUUCCUCCUUGAAAGAAGAAACAUGGUUCAAAAGAAAUAUCAAAUGCAAUAUAUAAAGAUUAGCACGUUACUAUGAAGAACAUGCAGGCAUCAGUUCUAUCGGGGUGUUUAACUGAUAUUACUAAAUCUUCUGUGGUAAGUGAACUUGGUUUGCAUGAUCCUAGAAAAUAUGACUUGCCUGCCAAGAAACACAAAAGUAAGCAAAAAGAGAAGCAUAAUGUGUCAGAACACAGAUCUGGUGGAGGUGAUGCCAAAACUUCAAAGAUGAAAAGAAGGAACUCUGAUCAAAAUUCUUUAAGGGUGUCCAAGAGAAUUAAGUCUGAAAGUUCGCAUCUUGCUCAUGAAGAUUGUAUGUCUGAGCAUGCUGGUAAUGGUCCUAGCGCAAGUAAUAAUCCGCCAACCGCAUUAAUAGGAAAGGAUCAGCCUAAACACAGUGACCAUCCUUUUUAUAAUGAUCCAAAUUUGGAUAUUACUGUCAUGUCGAUGAAGAGAAGCGAUGCAGUGGUAGAGGAGACCAGACGGUGGAGUUUGAUGAGAUCCACAGCUGAGCGUUUUCUCAGGUUAGGAGCUCUCAAGUUUGGAAAAGGAAGUGAUCGAGCUAUGACAACCAGAAAGUGGGCUCGGAAGUAG